AGGGGCUGUUUGGCAACUUCUGAAUGGGUAAGUGCUGAACCAGUAAGAGGUCUGAACCAUUAAGUGCUGAACCAGUAAGAGGUCUGAACCAUUAAGAGCUAGUAUAUUGCUUAACUAUUCAGAGGCAAAUGUCUGAUCAAUUCAGAUAAGAGGUCUUAACCAUUCAGACUCUGUAUAAUACUUAACCAUUCAGAGGCAAAUCUCCUAACCAUUCAGACAUCUGAACCAUUAAGAGGCUGAAACAAACAGUCUGAACCAUUAAGUCCUGAACCAUUCAGACAUCUGAACCAUUAAGAGGCUGAAACAAACAGCCCCUAAGUUUUCUUAAUGGUUAAUUGGCCCCUAAUGGUCACCCUUUGUUGGGCAGUUUCAUCAAUGUCUGCCGGUUUCUUCGUAUCCCCCUCUCUCUUCGUCUCUUUGACUAUAUGUUUGAUGUUCGGCCCGGGUCCAAGGAAACCCUUGGAUUCGUGGUGGUGUGUUCCCACCAAGGCCGGGCAAUCCUUUGUGGCCUUCCACCCUCUAACAAGAAGUGGAAGGACAAAUAUGUCUGUGUCAAAUUCCCCCCGGCUGCCUUUCCUUUUGCCCAAAAUGUCUGGGGGAAAAGAAUGAAGCGCCAGGUCAAACCAGCAGAGGCCGAUGACCUGGUUGCUUGGGAAGCCACUCUCCGGGCCGGGGACGCCUCCACCCGCGGUCUGUACCACGUCGGGAAGUGGAGCGUCUACCCCGGCCGGGAGACCGACCCCGAACCGGAGAUUGUUCUGCCCGGGGCGAUCCCCGAAGCCAUCCCCAUCCGCCAGGCGAGGGGAUCCAAACCCCCGGCCACUACCAAUGCCGGUCCUUCACGCCCGGCGAAGAAGAAGAAGGAGAAAGUGGUGAAGUUUCAGUCCAAGUUUGCCGUCCCCCAGAUUGUGGUUGAGGAGCCCUCCUCUGCUCAGCUACUCACUCCUCCAUCCGGCCAGCCGUUCGUGUUGGACGAUCAGCCUGCUCAGUCUCACCAAGGGACCAGCCAGCCGAUCCAUUCGGGGGAGAUCUACUUCAAUGUAGACACCCUCGAGUUUGAUAACAUGCUGGGAGAGCCUGGCCAUACCUCUCAGGCCGGCCAAUCGGGUCAGCCCAAGGAGGAUGGCGAAGGCGAGGAAGAGGCUGCCGAAGAGUCCCUUCAGCGGAAAAGGCGGAAGACCGAGGAGAUUCUGAUGUCCAGGUCGGACGAAGAGCUCUUCCAAGCUUUUCGUGCUGACCUGAGUGAGCAGGCCGGUCGGAUUGGGGAGGAGUACUUCGCCCGGCUGGUGAAGUCCAAAGAAGAGGAGAUGGCCCGGAUGGAGGCCAUGAUGGUCCAGUGCCGGAAGGAUGCUCAGGCCGCUCGUGCCCAGGCGGAGAAGACGGAGGCGAAGUGGCUGGAGCAUUGCACGGUCUACUGCCAGCUCUACGCCAAGCAUGACGGACUUCUCAAGGCUGCGAAAGAGGCCGAUGAGCAGGCCCAGGCCAAGAUCCAGAACCUGGAGGCCGAGAACGCCCGGUCAGCUGAAGAGAUCGCUCGGCUGGGGGACGAGCUGUCAAAAGAGCAGGCGGAGCGUGCAGCCCUUGCUGCAGCCUGGGCUGGUCAGGAGCCUGAGGAAUUCGCUGCUAAGGCGUUGCCUGACAGGGAGACGGCCAUCCGCUUCUUCCAAGGUCUGUACAAGCACCCAGUAUCGGCCGGCCUUGUGGAUGAGAUAGGGACCUAUGGCUUCGAAAGUGGCCAGUAUUCCGAGCGGAAGGCCCUCUAUGGCAUCCUUGCUCAGAGGAUCCAAGGCUUUCAGCCGAAAGCCCUCUCUCUGCCCGAGCUGCAUAGCGAGGCACCCGAACCUCCAUUCCCGGGCAUCUGAUCCAUCCGACCUUCUUCUCUCUUUUUUUUUAUAUUUCCUGAUGUAAUGAUCUGCCUCCGGGCACUUUUGUAAGAUAUUGAAAUAUUAAUGAAAAUAUUCUAUAUUAUGUGCUGAGUACUUUAUUCCAUAUCUCAUUAAUUCUUUUCAACUUAGAUUCUUUAACCGUUUAGAUUAGUAAAUAACAGCCUGGCUGUAUU